AUCAAAAAUAAAAUAAAGUAAAAAAACAAUCUGACUCAUCAAAGAUAAAAAUGAACUAAUCUGUGAGGAAUAAUGCUGAGGUGAGUUUAAGAUAUAUUUGCAAACUUUGGUUCAAUAUUUUGUUGUUGUAGCAAUUUUUGAAGAUCCCACCGUUGUGAAUGUAAUUAAGGGAGAGUCAGUGUCUCUGAACUGCACCAUUAGUGGCGAUGGAAGUUACACUUGGGAACGUCGGGACAGAAUCGAGGUCGAAAGUGCGAAAAGAAAGGUGCCUCUUCUCUCCUUGUUUUCUAUAAAUGUAUAACUAGCACUUUCUUCUAUUUUCAAGAAUUUACAAGUAUUUGUAAAAAUAAGCCUAAGGCUGUCGAUGUUUUUGUCGAAGGUUAAAGGAGGAGGAAGACAGCUUGAAAUCAUUGACGCGGCUAUUGCAGAUUCUGGUGCCUACACCUGUAAAGUAGGCAGAAACUCUCUCACCAUCACGCUACAGGUUCUUGUUGAAGUCAAGGUGGAAAUGGCCUUGCAGGUUGAAAAUUACAACUACACUAAAGAGCUGGAGAGUAAUUUAUCGCCACAAUACAAGGAAAUCGAGAAAAACUUUACCGAGGAGAUGGAAUUCGUUUACAGAAAUACUCCAGGAUACAUAAGAACCGAUGUCCUGAAAAUGACGAAAGGAAGUGUGGUAGUGGAUUUCAACAUUAUCAUCGAAAUUGUAACAACCGAUCCCAAAAACGAAACAACCAUCAAAGAUCAAAAGGUCUCAAUCGUCCAAACAACAAUUAAAGAAGCCGAAGAUGGGUUUGUAAAGUGGCUAAAAGUGUCAAAAGUUAUUCCAAAGACCGAGCCUCCAGAGCCUAAUGGUGUGGAGAUCUUUGAUAUCAAAUCAGAUGAGCUGAGUGUUCGAUGGAAACCGUCGGAAGAUGCUGAAACUUUCGACGUUCGCACUUACUCGGUGCAAUACAGAGCAUAUGGUGAAAAAACGUACAGCGAGCAUAAUCAAACAGCAACCACUGAAACUACAGACUACUCUUACAGAAUUAAGUCUCUUGAACCUGAGACUGUCUACAUGAUACGGGUCGGUGCUGUUAACCCGUAUGGAUCCAAUUUCAACGAGGAAACUGGCCAUGAAACCGAACCCGCACCUUUUGCCUGGUGGAUUAUUGUCUUGGCCGUGUUAGGUGUCCUCUUGAUUCUUGGCAUACUCAUCGGCAUUAUUAUUUAUAGACGCAAGAAAGCGCGGGAAAGAAGAGAGCAAAGAGAGGCUCGGUUUCAAGCUUUUCAAUUCCAAACCGAAGCUUAAAAGGUACCAAUACGGCAGAUACACUUAUGGACCUUUAUCACGCAGCGCCAUCUUGGAUUGCGUGGCGCACCAAAUCGAGACUGGACGGGCAUAAGGUUUAGCGUUGUGUUACAUUACAGUGUUUUGAGUGGAGAUGGACCACGAUCAUUGUUGUGUUAAUUUCUGUAGUAACGACAAACAAAAUAGAAGUGAUGAAUAAUGACUGUAGAUAUAUAAAAAUCAUAUAUAUGCAAUGUGGUGAACAAACAAAUAUAAGAGAUCCUCGCACCUAUGAACACUACUGAACUAGUAGUUGAAAUAAGACCUGAAUCGGUAUCGCAAAGGUCAUGGGUUCAAAUCCCGUACGGGUCUGAAUUU